AAUUCCAAAACUCCAAAGCAGAACCGAGAGAGAGUUCUGAAAGUCGACUUUUCACAAGGGCCCUAGAAACAUUACCGUUUACCGGCAAAAUUGACCAGCAAAACAAGAAGUUCUCAGUUCGCCGGCGAAUAUGAUUGCGUACCUGGAGCGUUUCGUACACGGGAACGACGUCGAGUCGAGGCAAGACGACGAUGACUGUUCGAGCCUGUUUAACGCACUGGACCUCCAGGGCAAUAUCGAUUGCCCUGCAACUGGAUUAGCCGGUAAGGAUUUUGGUGGCUUGUAUUCCUCCAAACCAUUGGCCUUAGUCAGACCUUCUGGAGCCGAUGAUGUGGCUAGGGUGGUUAAAGCGGCGGCGCUGUCACCGAGUCUGACGGUGGCUGCGAGGGGCAACGGCCAUUCAAUCAACGGCCAGGCGAUGGCGGAUCGUGGACUCGUCAUGGACAUGCGCUCCAUGGACGACCAUUUCCAAGUGGUAAGGAUCAACGACACGGCCUUCGUUGAUGUCUCCGGGGGGGCAUUAUGGGAAGAUGUCUUGGAACGGUGCGUCUUGGGGUUCGGGCUAGCUCCCAGGUCGUGGACUGAUUACCUGGGUUUAACGGUGGGCGGGACGUUAUCCAACGCCGGCGUCAGUGGCCAGGCCUUCCGUUACGGUCCGCAAACUUCCAACGUUGCAGAAUUGGAGGUCGUAACAGGCAAAGGCGAUAUUUUUGUUUGCUCGGAGACGGAAAACUCCCAGCUUUUCUUUGGGGCUCUCGGUGGUCUUGGUCAGUUCGGUAUCAUCACCAGAGCUAGGGUCUUGCUACAGCCAGCACCGGACAUGGUGAGAUGGAUAAGGGUCGUGUAUACCGAGUUUGAGGAUUUCACCCGGGACGCCGAGUUUCUGGUGACUCGGAGAGAGGGCGACUCGUUUGAUUACGUGGAGGGCUUCGCGUUCGUGAACAGUGACGACCCGACCAAUGGCUGGCCCUCGGUGCCGUUGGACCCGAACCAGGCAUUCGAUCCGACUCGUAUUCCUCAGACUGCCGGCUCCGUCAUCUACUGUCUUGAAGUAGCUUUUCACUAUCGAAACAAUGGCCACCCCUCGACCGUUGAUAGGGUUGUGAAUAGAUUGCUUGGACGGUUAGGAUUUGACGAGCAUUUAAAGUUUGAGGUAGACUUGAGUUACAUGGAGUUUCUAUUACGUGUGAAGCGUGCUGAGGAACAUGCCAAGGCGAAUGGAAUCUGGGACGCGCCUCACCCUUGGUUGAACCUAUUCGUAUCACAGUCAGACAUUGUUGAUUUUGAUCGCCACGUGUUCAAGAAUAUCCUUAAGGCAGGAAUUGGUGGGCCCAUGUUGAUCUACCCUCUUGUGCGAAGCAUGUGGGAUACUCGGACUUCUGUUGUGUUGCCAAAAGACGAGAUCUUCUACAUAAUUGCAUUGCUACGUUUCAGUCCUCCGGACCCAAAGGGGCCUUUAGCUGAAAAACUGGUAGCGCAGAACCACGAGAUUAUUCAGUGUUGCAUUAACAAGGGCUUUGAUUUCAAACUGUACCUCCCUCACUAUAAAUCUCAGGAGGAAUGGAAGGGACAUUUUGGGAACCAAUGGACAAGAUUUGUAGAAAGGAAGGCGAUUUUUGAUCCGUUGGCCAUCCUUGCGCCUGGACAGAAAAUCUUUUCGAGGAUGAUACAUCACCUUUAGUCCGGCCAAUCGCAAUCCGAUCUGGUCAUCAAAUUGUGAUUAAGAUUGUAGGCAUUUGUGUUCAUCGUAGUAAUUCCAUCGUUGGAUGAUGAGGUUUAUCGA